AUGAAGUACUCCAUUUUCAGUCUCCUCAUGAGCACCGCGGCGGUUGCCGCGAUGCCUUCGCAUCGACAAUCCUCGCCCACUUAUUUUUUCACUUUUGGUGAUUCGUACUCAAUGACAAGCUUUAAUGUGAACGGUACCCAGCCAUCAGCGUCAAAUCCUAUGGGCAAUCCUCCCCUCGGUACCGGAGCAACCGGUGGAGGCAUCAAUUGGAUCGGCUACCUCACCACUGUGGACAAUUCCUCCCUCGUGCUGAGCUACAACUUGGCCAUUGGAGGCGCAACAAUUGACAAUGCCAUUCUUGACUCGGGAUAUCCCGACAUGACAGGUCAAGUGAAGACGUUCCAGGACAGUUACAGUGCGAAGCCCGCCAAAGCGCCGUGGGGAGCGGGUGAUUCUGUUUUCGGCUUCUGGAUCGGAGUCAACGAUGUUGGCUGGGCAUAUCAAAAUUACGAAGCUGAGGUACUCGUCCCUAAGCUCAUGGCCCAGUACAGAUCCUUGCUUGAAGAGAUCUAUGCCGAUGGAGGACGUAGGUUCUUGUUCGUCAACGUCCCUCCUACGGGUCGAAGUCCAUACAUUCUCGAACAAGGCGAGAGUGCGACCCAGAAGCAUGCGGCGUGGACCCAGGCAUACAACAAGGGACUCGAAGUGAUGCGCAAGGAAUUCCAUAAAACUCAUCAUGAUGUCGACUCUGUUUUGUACAACUCCUGGAGCUUCAUGUCCAAGAUCUUGGAUCAUCCACAGCAAUUUGGAUUUACAAACGCGACAUGCAUCAACGAUGACGGAGAAAGCUGUGUCUGGUGGAACAACUAUCACCCUGGACAGAAGUAUCAUCGACUACAAGCGGCAGACAUGAAGCGGACUCUCCAUCGGUUUGGUGCCUGGUAG